AUGCCCAAUAGGGCACCCCCUGGAGACUCGGUGGGGUGUGUGGACCCAGAGGAGUGUGUGAGGGUGUGUGGAGCGGAGGUGGGCUGCUCCAACAUCGCCUUCCCCAAACUGGUCAUCGAACUCAUGCCCAGCGGUCUGCGGGGGCUGAUGAUAGCAGUGAUGAUGGCGGCCCUGAUGUCAUCGUUGACCUCUAUCUUUAACUCCUCCUCCACGCUCUUCACCAUGGACAUCUGGAAGAAGUACCGCGCGUACGCCUCGGAACGGGAGCUGCUAUUGGUCGGCAGGAUAGUAACAGUGAUUCUGGUGGUGAUAAGCGUGGUGUGGAUUCCAAUCCUGCAGUCGGCCAAUAGCGGACAGCUCUACGUUUACAUCCAAUCAGUGACCAGUUACCUGGCUCCACCCGUUACCGCUGUCUUCUCAUUGGCUAUCUUCUGGACCAGAACCAACGAGCAGGGAGCUUUCUGGGGUCUGAUGGUGGGGCUGGUGGUCGGUGUGUGUCGGAUGGUUCUAGAAUUUGCAUUCCCGCCUCCUCGCUGUGGUAUCCAAGACGACGCCCCGUCAGUGCUGCGCUCCGUUCACUACCUUCACUUCGCCAUCAUCCUCUGCUUCCUGUCUGCUGCCGUUGUCAUGGUGAUAUCACUGCUGACUCCGCCCCCCACUGAAGAGCAGGUGCGUAACCUGACGUGGUGGACUUUGACUCAGGAGGAAGAGGGAGAAAUACCACUCCAGAAAGUCUCCUCUAUCAGCCACCGAGAGCAGAGACCCCAGGUCCACGGUUCUGCUCCGGUACGGAGGGCGGUCUGCGGCCGCGGGGCGGGGCUCUGCAGCUCAGCGGAGGGGCCAGCAGAGGAGGUUCCGUUACCCAGAAUCCCCAGCGUUAGAGAGAGUGUGUUUUGGUCUCGCUUCUGCUGCGUCAAUGCCAUUCUGCUGAUCUGUGUUAAUAUAUUCCUCUACGCUUACUUCGCCUGACCUCUGACCUCUAACUGCUGUCCCAGUAGGAUACUUCCUGUGGGUGUUUCCAUCUCUACGUAAAUCAAUGUUCUUAUGGUUCUAGAAGAUGUAUCGUUCUAGAAUGUUACGGACCUGUGAUGUCACAGUGGGUAGGGUCCUAUUUAGUGUAUUGUAUAUGGGACCUCUGAUUGGUCAAUAUUGUGUCCUUGUGUAAAUGAGAUUCAUGAAUAAACACGUGGUCUUGUAA